AAAAUCUCUUCCUUCUUCUCACCUUCUCCACCCCCUAAAUUUUGGGUCUCUCUCUCUUUCUCAGGCUCUCCAAUCUCCAUAUCCCUCUGCACAAGAUAUCUCUCUUUCUCCAUCAGCUAUUUUUUGAUGCAUAAUAUCUUGUUCUUGAUGUUUGAGACUCAUGUCUCCAGUUGUCAGUGAAAUCCUCCUCUCUGGGUUUAUGAUAAACUCCACCCUUCGGCGCAGGACCCACUUGGUUCAAUCCUUCUCUGUUGUCUUCCUCUACUGGUUCUACGUUUUUUCAUAAACUAGCCCUGCCAGGCCCCUCUCUAUAUGUAUUAGCGUUAUUUUCAAAUAAUUAGCAUCUGGGUUUCUACGCUUGAUUAUUGUACCAAGCAUAAUCCCGAUAGAAAAUCUUGUUUUUUUAUUUUUUGUUGGUUAGCUUAUAAUUAAUAUUAUUGUUUUUGUUAAAACAUACAACUAUAUAUGGCUUCUUCUAGUACUAGAGCGAAUUCUUCAGGGUCCAGCACGAUUCAGAACUCGGGGUCUGAAGGCGGCGAUCUUCAGCAUGUUAUGGAUCAAAGAAAGCGUAAAAGAAUGCUGUCCAAUCGUGAAUCGGCACGUAGAUCACGGAUCCGCAAGCAGAAUCAUGUGGAUGAUCUGACGGCCCAGGCGUGUGAGCUCACAAAGGAGAACAACCAAAUCCUCACAAGCAUGAACAUGGCCUCGCAGCUCUACUUGAACAUCGAGGCUGAGAACUCCAUUCUCAGAGCUCAGAUGGCUGAGCUCAGCCAGAGGUUGGAGUCUCUCAACGGGAUCAUCAAUUACAUGACCUCCACAAACACUACUAUUUUUCAGACUGAUAAUCAGGACACUCCGAUCCAGGAAUAUGAUAGCUUCAUGAUUAAUAAUCCAUGGAGCUCUUCUCUCUAUCUCAACCACCCCAUAAUGGCUUCCACCGACGUGUUUAUGUACUAAUCUUUCUUCUUUUGGGGUGUUGCUGCUGGUAAAAAUAAUAAUAAUAGUAAUUAUUAGCAUUAGCAGAGUUGGCACUUGGGUUCUUCAUUUGUAAAUGGUAUCUGCACGGAUACCGUUAAUCCUCUGGUUUUUAAUUGUGUAACUCUAUUUUAUUUAAUAUAUACUUGCAUUGCAGUA